UUUGACAUACAGUGAUUCGGUUUCUCUGUAGCAAUUAGCAAAAUUCUAGUUUAUUUGUCUCUGAACGAAACUAGUUCGAGAUGCUGCGUCAAAGCGAUAAUUCUUAAUAUUUCCAAAAAAUCUUUACUCUAUAAUUAAAUUAAUUAAAUGUGCGUGACAUAAGACGGGUUUUAUUGUAUUCUUAGUGUAUAAUCUAAAUCAAGAUGUCGCAGAAAGAUCCCGGGCCUUUACCAGCCAGAUGGCUAAACUGUCCUAGAAAAGCUGGUGGAAUGAUCGCUGACAAGUUUCUAGCUUUCAAAACACCUCUUGGACCUCAAUUCAACGAUAAGGUGCCGGACGCGAACCGAUUCACGCCUUCGAUGCUGUUCGCUUACAUGAAAGGGCUGAAGGUGAAAAUUGGUUUGUGGAUUGACUUGACAAACACAAGCAGGUUUUAUGACAAGCGUGAAAUUGAACAGAUGGAUUGUAAAUAUGUGAAGUUAUCAUGCCGAGGACAUGGAGAAACACCAAGCCGUGAACAGACUAAAGAAUUCAUUCUGUUGGUAUCAAAGUUCCUGAGUCAGAAACCUCUAGAAGUAAUUGGCGUCCACUGCACCCAUGGAUUCAACAGGACUGGAUUUCUUCUUGUCUCGUACAUGGUGGAACAGUUGGACUGUAGUUUGGAGGCAGCUCUUAAAGAAUUUGCUAGUAUGAGGCCCCCGGGUAUAUACAAGCAGGAUUACCUAGAGGAGCUGUAUAGGCGUUACGACACUGUAGAGGACACCCCGCCAGCGCCGCCGAGGCCAGACUGGUGCAAUGAAGAGGAAGAAAUUGACUAUGACGAUGACGACGCUCCUGUAAAUUCACAAAACUCAUCUAACAAUGGCGGCCGUAGAAAAGGUAAACGAGAGAACAACCGUAAGAAAACUACGUUCAUGCCGGAGGUGCGAGGUGUGGAACCGUUCGACGUCCAGCCCCGCCUCAGCCAGAUCCAGAAGAAAGCGCAGGAUUUCUGCGAGUGGCGCAGCACCGGAUUUCCCGGCUCCCAGCCGGUGUCCAUGGACAUGGGGAAUAUUAAGAAAUUGCACGAGAAACCUUACAGGGUGUCGUGGAAGGCCGAUGGUGUUAGGUACAUGAUGCUAAUAGAUGGCAAAGAUGAAGUGUACAUGUUGGACAGAGACAACUGCGCUUUCAAAGUGAACGGCAUGCAGUUUCUGCACAGUAAAGAUCUCAAACGGCAUUUAAAGAACACAUUACUUGACGGUGAAAUGGUUUUAGACAACCUAGGAAAUGGUAAACAGAAAGCAAGAUAUUUGUGUUAUGAUGUAGUCAAAUUCGAAGGUCAGGACGUCGGCAAAGCGAGGUUUUACCCCGUCAGGUUAUCCUGUAUACAAAAUGAAAUUGUUAAUCCUAGGCACGAAGCAAUGAAACAGGGAAUAAUUCACAAAGAAAACGAACCAUUUAGCAUUAGUUUAAAACAGUUUUGGGACUUGACCAUGUCAGAGAAACUGCUCGGGGAGAAGUUUGCUAAGACACUUCUGCACGAACCUGACGGUCUCAUAUUUCAACCUUCCAACGAGCCGUACGUGGCCGGCGCCUGCGAAGACGUGCUCAAAUGGAAGCCCGGUCACAUGAACAGUGUAGAUUUUAAACUGAAAAUAGUCACCGAGCAUGGAGAAGGUAUACUGCCAAAGAAAAUUGGUCAUUUAUACGUGGGCCAGUUGAGCCGUCCGUUUGACACGAUAAAGCAUACCAAGGAAUUGAAAGCAUUAAACAACAAGAUCAUAGAGUGCAAGUACGAGAACAAUCAGUGGGUGUUCAUGCGCGAGAGAACGGACAAAUCGUAUCCUAACAGCUAUAACACUGCUAUGGCUGUAUGCGGCAGCAUAAAAGAUCCAGUUACAAAAGAGAUUCUAUUAUACUAUAUAGACCACAAGAGGUUCCGUGACGAUUCGGAUGUGAUGCCGCCUCCAAAGCGCGUAUGCCAUUAGACACAACUUAGUACUUACGCUAGAUCUAAACUGGAACCUAGAACGGAAGGCAUUAACAGAAUGUGACUGGCGAUUAGUUACCGUUUCUCCGAAAUGUCUACCACUAUUGUAAGCCUCGGGCUUUAUUCUCCAGACCAUUGCUUUUCAAAGUGAAGAGCGAAGAUUUUCUCAAUAAAAUUCUAUCCCUCAGGAACAGUACUUCUGGAUGAAAUGUCCUAGGCUACGACACAUUGUACACUCAUUGUAUAAUAUAUCGUGUGCAAGGUAACACUCGACCUCGAGAAUUAAUCAAUCAAAGUAAAUAAUUUGUAAACAUGUCGAAAAAUCUUUAUUCCGAUUGGUCCAUUAUCGAUAAAUAGGGAUUGUUUAAUGAAAUUGCCGAUAACUGUCAAAAUUAUCGACGUAGUGUCGUAGUUUAAACUUACCACAAUAGUACAUUCAUGUUCUUGGAAUAAUGUUUCGAUUAAAUAGGUAAUUUUGGCAAAUAGAUUAAUUAUUGUUGUGAUUUGUGGUUGCUAUUUUAUUUAACUGUAUAGCGCGAUUAAGAUGGCCGGGGCGCAUUAUUUUUACUGUGACGAAAUUGUUUUAUAAUUAAAACAUGUUGCAUUAACAGUUUUGGUUAUUGUUUUUUUUUGUGUUCUCUAUAGUUUUAAAAAUUAUCUAAAAAAUCGUAGUAAUGUUUUGAAAAGGGGCACAGAUUUUGUAAAUAAUCCGAAAAAAAAGUGUACAUAUCUGUGGACUGUGGUGUGUUAUAGAAAUUGUUAUUACGAUUUUUUUAUGUAUUCAAAAGUUUGCCUUCUUAUGAGCUCGAAACACAAGUAAUUCGCAUCCUAGAGGCAAACUUAGAUGGUCU